GUGAUAAUUAAUCGUGUUAUUAGGAAACCAGCGCAAGUGCUCUCCAUGCGAAAAAGACGUCGACUGUGGAUAGUUUGAAGGAAAUAAUCGCCAGUCAUGGCUAAUAAACCCAAGGACAUGGAGGGAUAUGUGGGCUUUGCAAACCUCCCUAAUCAGGUCUACAGGAGGUCCGUCAAACGAGGGUUUGACUUCACUCUCAUGGUCGUUGGUGAAUCAGGUCUAGGCAAGAGCACACUGAUCAACUCUCUCUUCCUGACAGACAUCUACUCGUCAGAGUAUCCCGGUCCCUCACAACGCAUGAAGAAAACUGUGCAGGUUGAAACCUCGCAGGUUACAGCCAAGGAAAAUGGAGUCCAACUAAGACUGACAAUCGUUGACACACCAGGCUUUGGAGACCAGGUCGAUAAUAGUAACUGCUGGCAGCCAAUCUUAGACCAUAUAGACAACAAGUUUGAGGAAUACCUGAACGCCGAGGCGCGGGUCAACAGACGGUCCAUCCCAGACAAGAGAGUACAUUGCUGCUUAUAUUUCAUAGCUCCGUCAGGCCAUGGGUUGAAACCCCUGGAUGUAGAAUUCAUGAAGAGGUUACACGACAAGGUGAAUAUCAUCCCGCUCAUCGCCAAGGCAGACACCAUGACGCCAGAGGAGUGCAGAGAUUUUAAAAAGAGGAUUAUGCAAGAAAUUGACGAGAACAAAAUCAAGAUUUACGAAUUUCCAGACGUGGAGGAAGAAGAGGAGAGUAAAGAAAACAAAAAGCUUCCGAUGAGGAGGAAUGGACCCAAAGACAAAGAGCACACCCCAAACAGUUUGAAGCGUGAACGGGUUCCAUUUGCUGUCGUAGGUAGCAACAUGAUCUUGGAAGCCAACGGCAAGCGGGUCAGGGGUCGUCAGUAUCCAUGGGGGGUCGCUGAAGUUGAAAACUUGGAACACUGCGAUUUCAUCCCUCUGCGCAACAUGCUGAUCCGGACGCACAUGCAGGACCUGAAGGAUGUGACGAACAACGUACACUACGAGAACUUCAGGUGUCGCAAGCUGACCGCCGUCACGGCCGGCGACAGCAAGAAAGCUUCAAAUGAAAUGGCCGCUGACUGGAGGGUCGCCGCCAAGAACCCCAUGGCGCAGUUUGAGGACGAGAAACAAGAGCAUGAGAUGAAGAUGAAGAAGAUGGAGAACGAAAUGGAGCAAGUCUUUGAGAUGAAGGUCAAGGAGAAGAAGAAGAAGCUGGAGGACUCGGAGAAGGAGCUUCACCACCGAUUGGAUCAGAUGAAGAAGAGUCUUGAUCAGCAACGCCGAGAGCUGGAGGAGAAGAGACGGCAGUUUGAGAAGGACAGACAGAUCUUUGAAGACAACCAGCGCCUCCGACUUGAAACUUCCAAGACGUACGAUCCCAAAAAGAGCAAGAACAAGAAGACCAUAUUUUGAGACCACCGCACCACCAUCUUAUCUUUUAUGCACACUGAAUGGACUGCCAUCAACUGGUAAUCACAUCCCAAGUUUACGUACAGCUGACACAAAAUUCUUCGACCCAAAGCCUCUGACUUGUCCAUUCAAGUCGAAAGUUCCGGACCAAAAUUAUUCCUGCUUUGAUACAAAACAGAAAUUUGCAUUGUCAACCAAGACAAAGAUUUAUUUUUGAAGCAGCAACCAACUUGGAUUAUGUGAACACAUGUCUGUGACACCCAGUAUGAGGCACAUGUUAAGCAUAGUCUGGUACCUAUGAUGUCAUCGAACCAGAUAUUGUGAUGUGUACAGUGGCCCUUUGGGAACCAGACAAAGAUGGUCGCUGGCAGCCAUCUUGGUAUCUUUCAUCCACACGUCUGAAGCCCAGAGCAGGAAGUCUCGUUGGAAGUAGUCUGGUGCCAGUGAUGCAACCCCACUUUAGUGGUGAACAGCAUGUCUUUUAGGAACUAGGCAAAGACAUGAAUUAAAGAAUAAAGAAAAUAUGUCACAUAUAUGUCA